CUGGCUGCCUUGGUGGUAUCAGCUUGUACUUUGGCAAGCAGCAUCGGUUCGCCACAUAUCCCCUCCCGUACAUGUAUCGUCCGUGAUGCCUACUGUUUGAGCUAAUGUGACCGCAAACGCAACCACUACACUUCAUCACCGUUAAGAUUUUUUUCACACACUCCUUGCUCCGUCAACGGUUUGUCUGCCGAUAGCUUGCCCAACUCCAGUCUGCGUUCAUUUUCCUUUCGCAGCUCAACUUUGUACACCUACCAAUACGGAUUAUUCAUAUGUGUGAUCAGCAUGGAACAACAACGUGCGAUUAAUGCGCUGGAGUCAUACAUUUUGCUGUCUAAAGAUGCUAAAUCCCCACGCGCGGCCGCUGACUUGGUAUUAAGAGUUACCUCGGACCCGAACACCUUUGUCUUUGCUGAGUUGCUACAUAUGCCUAAUAUCCACGCUCUAAGAGGGUCUGAUGAGUAUUCACCGCACUACAAGCUGCUUGAGAUCUUUGCUUGGGGUACAUGGACAGAUUACAAGGACGCGAAUGGUCUGCCACAGCUUUCGCCGCAACAAGCGCAGAAACUACGUUUACUAUCUCUCCUCCCACUUGCUAGUCGACAAGCCAGCCUUACUUACUCGUCACUUCAAUCUGCGUUAUCCCUGGACUCGCCCCAGGCACUUGAAUCUCUCAUCACCACCGCAAUCUACUCCAAUAUCGUGAUCGGCACUCUCGAUCCCGCUCAUCAAGUCGUCAACAUUACUUCGGUUGCCCCUCUACGUGAUCUGGCACCUGGUAGCAUUCCUGCACUAGCAGCAGCUCUAGCACAGUGGUCCGAACAAUGCACAUACAUGCUUGCACAGUUGGAAGGCGAGGUCAACACAAUCAAGCAUAACGCACAGAGAAGAGGGGAACAAAAUGCACGUGUGCAGAUGCUGGUGGACGAGAAGAUUGCUCAGGCUGAGGAAUCUGAAAAGAGUCGACCCAAACGUGGUGCAUUGGAUCUAAAAGACGACGACGGCGAUGAGAUGGAGGUGGAUACCAGCCUGAUGGGUGAUGCUAGAUCAAGGGCUGGCAGGAUGAGCAAGAGAUUGGGGAUCGGUCGCAACGGAUGAGAGGCCUGAGUGUACCUUAAGCGAUACAGCUGUCUACCGCAGACUGCAAAGAUUGUUAAUCGAAUAGUAAGCCAGCAGAUAGCUACACAUAUCUAUAUAAGCUGAUACAGACACUGUCAGCCUUAAACAUGACAAUCCAUGCAAUCUGGAAAGUACCUGUGUAACUUAACGGUGGGUUCAGACGGACAAAUCUUCUAUUUGGAACGCGACGACGCCAUUUAUGCCUCAAGGACAUCUCUAUAUAAUGUGGACAAAUGGAACCCGAUCAUGUAUCAUGUAUUUUUGCUCUAUCUUCGAUUUGCAGAGUAAGAUUGUUCAGACUACUAACAUCUAAUGUCGAAAUAUGCAAG